GAAAGUACUAUCAGCCACCAGUGAAGGAGGCGCCUCCUUCAGCGCCUGCACCUGUAGAGAAGAAGACAGAAGAAGCGAAGCCCCCAGAAGAUGAUGAAGUAUUUGUUAUUAGAGACGGCUAUUUAAUGCUCUUUGAGCAGGCAGGAGACCCACAACCAAUUCUGAAGUUGCAUAACGCAGAUUGUGCAACGCUAGCAGAUGCGAAGAACAGAGAGUUUGUAAUAACUCAUAAGGUAAGAGAAAGAGAGUAA